AUGUCAGACUCAGUGAUGAAUCCAACUGCUGUCAUCACUUGCACAGCUGCUGUGGCAUGGGGAGCUGGAGAACCAUUGGUGAUGGAGGAAGUUCAAGUCAGCCCUCCUGAGGCGAUGGAGAUUCGCAUUAAGGUUGUAGCAACUUCACUUUGUCGCAGUGACAUCACGGCUUGGCUUUCUCUGGCACAAUCUCACAUGUUUCCUCGGAUUUUUGGCCACGAAGCCUCAGGUAUUGUUGAGAGUGUGGGCCAAGGAGUAACAGAAUUUGAACCAGGGGAUCAUGUUCUAACGCUAUUUACUGGAGAAUGCAUGAGAUGUAGACACUGCACCUCAGGUAAAAGUAACAUUUGCCAGACGCUGGGAUUGGAAAGGAGAGGUGUGAUGCACAGUGAUCAGAAAACUCGCUUCUCGAUUAAAGGGAGGCCCAUUUUCCACUAUUGUGCAGUUUCAAGUUUCAGCGAGUAUACGGUAGUGCAUUCUGGAUGUGCUGUAAAAGUUAGCUCCACUGCACCUCUUGAGAGAAUUUGCCUCCUUAGUUGUGGAGUCUCUGCAGGACUAGGUGCAGCUUGGAAGGUUGCUAAUAUAUCUGAAGGGUCGACAGUGGCGAUAUUCGGUCUCGGAACUGUUGGUCUUUCUGUUGCUCAAGGUGCCAAGCUGCGGGGAGCUUCUUGUAUCAUUGGUGUUGACACUAACCCUGGAAAGAUUGAAAAAGCAAAGACUUUUGGAGUGACAGAAUUUAUAAACCCAAAUGAAUGUGAAGAACCAAUUCAGCAGGUCAUUAAACGCAUCACUGGUGGCGGGGCAGAUUAUUGUUUUGAAUGCGUUGGAGACACAGAAGUGAUAACCACUGCACUGCAGUGUUGUUCCGAUGGAUGGGGUGUGACGGUAACGCUCGGGGUCCCGAAAGCAAACCCAGAGGUUGCAGCUCAUUACGCAUUAUUUCUCAGCGGAAGGACAUUGAAAGGGUCUCUAUUUGGAGGAUGGAAACCAAAAUCUGAUGUUCCCUCACUGGUGGGCAUGUACCUGAAUAAGGAAAUAGAGGUGGAUGAAAUGGUGACACAUGAUAUUGGAUUUGAGGAUAUUAAUAGAGCUUUUGAUCUGAUGAGGGAUGGCAAGUGCUUGCGUUGUGUGAUUCACCCGGAGUUUCCCGGCGGCAUCUCAAUGUGGCGUCCGGCUGUUCGUAAUCUCCUUCUCCGCCGCCGUUGCCUCGACGGCAGCCACACCUUACCUCUAGUUAUGUGGUCCUCUUCCGCCGCCACCGGCAGAUAUACAAAAGGCAGCAGGCUGUCGAUAUGGAGGAGGAAGAAGGAAAUUGGGAAGGAAGGACUGAUGGUUGCUAAAGAGCUCAAACGUCUCCAGAACGAUCCUUUCCGGUUUGACCGGUUCCUAAAAUCCCACGUCUCCAGACUCCUCAAGUCCGACCUUGUUUCUGUCCUCGCUGAGUUUCAGAGGCAAGACCUCGUCUUGCUCUCUCUCAAGUUGUAUGAUGUGGUCCGCAAAGAGAUUUGGUACAGGCCAGAUAUGUUCUUCUACAGGGAUAUGCUCCUCAUGCUUGCUAGAAAUAAGAGGGUAGAUGAAGCAGCCAAAGUAUGGGACGAUUUGAAGAGCGAAGGCGUGCUUUUUGAUCAGCAUACCUUUGGUGAUCUCAUCAGGGCAUUUCUAGACAGCAGUCUACCCAAUGAAGCAAUGCAAAUCUACGAGGAGAUGCGGAUGUCACCUGAUCCCCCAUUGUCCUUGCCUUAUCGAGUCAUCCUGAAAGGCCUUCUUCCGUAUCCUGAAUUGAGGGAAAAAGUUAAAGAUGACUUCUUGGAGCUUUUCCCUGGCAUGAUCAUUUAUGAUCCACCCGAGGACUUGUUUAAUGAUCACGAAUCUGAAAUGGAUGAAGACUAUUCAGAUGAGUAA